CGUUCAAAGCGAAAAAAAAGUUGCACGCACGCACGCGUUGACCAAUGACCAUAAAUAUUGUCCCAUGUCGCUAAGCAGUGUGUGAUUUCAAUUUUUAAAAUUUAAUAUAGAAUAUUGCACAUGAGUCAGCAGAGAUUUUUUUUAUUUUAAAAUAAUAUGUCUGAUAACUAUUAAGUGACUUAAUAUUUUAUAAUGAUAUUAUACACGAUGAAACUACUCUGUCCAUUACUUUAGUCGACGGAGACCUGAUAGAAGGACACAAGAUUAUUUUUAUACUUUUCACUAAAACUGAUUAUGGAUAUUUCAAGUCAUAAUUUGGAUAAAAAGCCUACUCCUUCUGUGCCUACCCCUGAUUGGACAACUAAUGCUAACAAUGAGAUGGAAAUUGCCUCCGUGGAUUCAGCAGCACCAACAACACCAGCACUACCAAAUAAUGAUAAUAAUUCAUCAUCAAAAAACAUGCAAGAUGUGACAGAUGAAUCUGCUCUGAACAGAGUAUCUGUAAUUAGCAGCACUACUAACCAUUCAAGCAGUAUGCAUAAAAAUCCCAGCCAAACUCCUACUCAUAGUGGAUCAUACUCUUCAGUUAUAACUCCUGCAAUGUCAACUUCACAGUCCCUUAUAGCUGGGGAAGUAGCACUAACUCCUACCCAUAGUACCUUUACACCUCAGUCGGUCAAUCCUCACAGUGCAAUGACUGCUAUCACUCCUAUGGUUAGUGGAACAGACCAAGCGCGAAGCAGCAUUAAAGUACAAAACUGUGUAUCAACAAUACACUUAGGCUGUGAAUUAAAAUUAUUAGAUAUUUACUGCAGAACUAGAUUCUCUGAAUAUAAUCCAGCAAGGUUUCAUGGUGUAGUAAUGAAAAUCAUUGAUCCGAGAGCUACAGCACUAGUAUUCAGGUCUGGUAAAGUAUUGUGUACUGGACUAAGGAAUGAGCAUGAUUCCUACAUAGCUGCAAGAAAAUUUGCAAGAAUUAUUCAAAAACUGGGUUAUCCUGCAAGAUUUCUAGACUUCAAAAUACAAAAUUUUAUUGCUACUGCUGACUUAAGGUUUCCAAUACGACUAGAGGCACUUCAACAGGCACAUGGACAGUUUGCCUCUUAUGAGCCUGAAUUGUUUCCUGGUCUAGUGUACAGAAUGGUUCGACCAAGAGUAGUUUUAUUAAUAUUUGUUAAUGGCAAGAUAGUGUUUACAGGUGGAAAAACAAGAGGUGAAAUCAAUGAAGCACUUGAUAUUAUAUAUCCAAUUUUAAGAAGUUACAGGAUAAGUUAGUUGCUUCUAAGUUUAUAUCCAUACACAUCAUAAACAUACAAGACCAAUCAUUCUUGGUACCCACUGGUUUUAUCUUUACUUUAACUUAGUAUGAUGCAUGUAUUAAUGUGUAUUAUUCUUUAUUGAUGCAGUGAAAAUUUUUGAAAAUAAGUAAUAAUUCAUGUAAAUUGUAUUUACACAGAUCAUUUCUUUUUAAUCUGCUCUCCAAUCACAUUCUGAUCUUAAUAAAAAUGUAUUUUUUAAUUAUUAGGUGUACUUAGGUAAUUUAUUUUUGAUGUCCUAAUAAAUAAUUCUAAGUUGCAAAGCAUUUUUUGAUCAGUUUUAUUUCAAUAUCACAUCCUAUUGAUACAAAAAUAAUCACUAGCUAGUUGAAAUCUUUAGCGGAAAAAUAAUUGAAGCGGCUAAUGAAAUAAGACGCUCAUUCAGUUCAAAAGGGACCAUCACGGAGAUAAGGAUGCGUGUGCGAGCAUGAUUCGUCAUAGGGAAGGUCACUGGGCAAUAUUUAGUAAAUAAUGAUGUUUUUUAAAUUGCACAUUUUCUUUACACUUUACUUAUCAUCAAGUUUUGAUUUCAGUAUUGAGAUUUUUAUAAAUAAUUUCAUGUUUUUGGGUAGCUAGUAAACAGGGGCGUAGCUAGUGCCGUAUCAAUUAUAGGGGGCCCCCGGACUACAGGGGUCCCCAACGUGCUUGAGCAAAAAUUAAUAAAAACUUCCCAAUUUUUAUUAUAUUUCACCCUGUGUAAACAACUUCAAAAAGGGGAGGUUCUCAGUUUGACCUGUAUGUAUCUAUGAACUUGCUGGAUCUUAUGGCACACGUUAUACCUGCGGUGGAUGCUGGACAACAAGUGGACGUAGCCUA